AUGCUUGCUAGCUUCAGACUGUCCUCUGCUCUGCCAGCCUCAGCCUCCUCUCAGAUCAACUUGGGCCCUGGCUCCCUCAUUGUUGUCUAGGGGCUGUGAUCCUGUCUGUGGAUUUUAGGAACACGCCUCGCAGCCCCAGAAUCCAUGCCCACACCAUUCCCAGUGGUGUGCGGUGCUGCAUUUCUGCUGGACCAAGCUUUUUUGUGGACUGGAGCUUAAUGGGGCCCCAGCCGGGCCUCAUCACUGGGCACUCAGGCCUCACUCUUUCUGCCACCUUCACCCUGAGCCUAUAGGUACACUAGGAUUGUGUCCCCUUUAUCUCAAGUCCAACCCAUGAAAAUAAACACAGCCUUCAAACUAGGUGGCUGCAGGCUUCAGCCUCACCAGGUCAUCACAUUGGAAAUGUCAGAAAAGGAGAACAACUUCCCACCGCUGCCCAAGUUCAUCCCUCUGAAGCCUUGUUUCUACCAGAACUUCUCCGACGAGAUUCCCAUUGAGCAUCAGGUCCUAGUAAAGAGGAUCUACCGGCUGUGGCAGUUCUACUGCGCUACGCUGGGGGUCAACCUCGUCGCCUGCCUGGCCUGGUGGAUUGGAGGCGGCUCAGGAGCCAACUUUGGCCUGGCCCUGGUCUGGCUGCUGUUCUUCUCCCCCUGUAGCUACGUGUGCUGGUUCCGGCCCGCUUACAAGGCCUUCCGGGCCGACAGUUCCUUCAAUUUCAUGGCGUUUUUCUUUAUCUUCGGAGCCCAGUUUGUCCUGACCGUCAUCCAGGCUGUUGGCUUCUCAGGAUGGGGUGCUUGUGGUUGGCUGGCAGCGAUCGGGUUCUUCCAGACCAGCGUUGGGGCCGCCGUGGUCAUGCUGCUUCCGGCCAUCAUGUUCACAAUGUCAGCUGCCAUGAUGGCCGUUGUGAUCAUGAAGGUACACAGGAUCUACCGGGGAACUGGUGGAAGCUUCCAGAAGGCACAGUCAGAGUGGAACGAUGGCAGUUGGCGGAACCCACUGUCUCGAGAGGCCCAGUUCAACAACUUCUCAGGGAACAGCCUGCCUGAGUACCCCACUGUGCCCACCUAUCCAGCUGGUGGCAACCAGUGGCCUUAGAGGGAGCUGACUGGCCUUGCCACUUGUCUGCCACUGCCAGCCCUCCUCCUCCCCGUCCACUCCUGCAGCUGUGCUGGGUCCAGUGAGGCCCUAAGCUUCUGUACCCUGUCCCUCCCAGGUGGCAGGUAGGCCCCUCCCCCAGCCAGGAUGGCAGCAGGGAUUAGUGGCUACCAGGGGCUCCCCCAGGUGGGACUGCAGACCCCAGCAGCUCUCAGGGACCCAUGCCCAUGCUCAUCUCACACCCAAGAGCAGAGGUCCUUGUAAACACUGCCCAGAAGCUGGCAGUCCCCACCAGUUGGCAGAAGAAUACCCCUCUUGCUCCUGAAAACUUUUGGUCAUGUAAUGUCCACUGUAGCAGCUACACUGUCUCCCCUUGGGGUCUCAGAGGGUUGACUCCCCAGGGAGUCAGAAGCAGCCUGGCUGCCCUCCCUUCCAGAUUGGUGACACUAAGACAGGCCCCUCAGAUCCACCCCACCCCCUGUCAGGGCCAUCACCUUUGCCCAGUGCUCAGGAAGAGGGAGGCCUUCUCAACACCAGCGUCCCCUUCCCUGCUGGUGAUGCAGGCACUUGAUGUAUAGCUAGGUACUCAAUAUUUUUGUCCUCUUGAGUUCAUCUAUCUGCAGCCAGGGGCUCAUGGGGAUGACCAGAGGUAGUUCACUGCCUUAGUGCCAUGAUCUCAGCUUCUCCUUGUCCAUCUGUCCUAGUUGCUCUGCACUGGGUCCUCAGCCGCUGUUCAGGGCCAUUGGCCAGCUUGCUUCCAGCCUUCCUGUCCACGGUCGCUCUCCCCUAGAGAUGCUCUCUUCUCCCAUAAUGAGUGUUAGAACCCCAAUGCCUGGGCUCGUUGCACCCAUGCAGGGACCCUCAGUAGGAUGUUCAUCUAGAUCUGAAACCUGGGACAGAAUCCUUUGGUGGGGGCAUCGACCUCUCUCCCCGCCAUGCAAACAGGAAAACAAGUGCAUCUCAUCCAAGUGUGUAUGGCCCCGAGGUCACCAUCUAAAGGUGUGAGUACUGGGCCGGCCACUCAGGCUGUGAUUCACAUCGCCAUUUUCUGGAUGUGUGGAAGCAGAACGGUCUCAGCCUUUUAGGAAGAAACAAGAUGUGACAAAUCUCUGUGCCUUACUGAGGAAUCUAAACACCGUCACUUCUUUUCUCCCCUCGAUUCUUCUAGCUCCUUUUGAGAUGGAGUAACCGGAUGUCGUGUCGGCAUCGUCACAGCACCUUUGUUAACAGAUGGGCAGAGGGAGGUGUCCUGAUGGCCUCUCAGCCCCUGUUGUACAGGCUUCCAGUAAUGCUGCCCCUCCGCUCCUAACUGCCUGUCUCUUGGGGCAGGACAGGGACCCAUCCCUGUCACACUAUGCUCCACUGGGCUGCCAGCCUCUCCAGAAGCUCCAGAAUGGCCAGAGUGUGUUCUCACACUUGUGUUUGCUUGCUCUAGUUUCUUGUGCUGAAUGCCACAUGGUGUCCAAAGGUGGCCAAAGUCCCUAAGAAAGUACCCCGGGUCUGGUUCCCUGAAGGUUGAGGUCUGGACAGAAAACAAAAGCCUCGGGUUUCCCAGGUUCUUGGUAACAUCCGCAACCCAGCUUUCUGUGACUGACAGAGGGCCCACACUGCGCAAAUUGUGGACUGAAUCUCACUGUGACUGGGACACUGUUAGUAACAGAGCCAGUUAAUGAGGUGCAGGAUGAACACACAUGAGCACCCCACCCCUUGCUCCACUGUACUUCGUACCUUUGUUACAUUGUAGUAGUUGUUUUGUUUUUCUGAUUAUGUUACUUUAUUUUGUAGUAGUUUUUGUUACUUGAAAAUAUUCUGGAAAUACAUCUUUUCUGCAGCAGA